AUGCUACAAAAUUUAGGAAUUUUGUUCCUCAAUUUCCUCCUCACUUGCCAGGCGCUAAGGCAUUAUAAGUUUGUGGUCAGAGAUGCCCCCUACACAAAACUUUGCAGCACAAAGAACAUAUUGACUGUAAACGGCCAAUUUCCCGGGCCAACCCUGCAUGUUACAAAAGGAGAGAAUAUCAUUGUUGAUGUGUAUAACCGAGCUAACUACAACAUAACUAUCCACUGGCAUGGAGUGAACCAACCAAGAUAUCCUUGGUCAGAUGGCCCUGAAUAUGUCACACAAUGUCCAAUUCGACCCGGUGAAAAGUUUAGUCAGCGGGUCAUAUUUUCUGAAGAGGAAGGCACACUGUGGUGGCAUGCUCACAGUGACUGGUCUCGGGCCACCGUUCAUGGGGCUAUUGUUAUCAAACCUAAGCCUCCGACUACCUAUCCAUUUCCAAAACCUCACAAAGAGGUCCCCAUUAUAUUAGGUGAAUGGUGGAAGAAAGAUGUUGUUGAGGUGUACAAUGAUCUUUUUAGAACUGGAGACGACCCCAUUAUUUCUGAUGCUUAUACAAUCAAUGGCCAACCUGGUGAUCUACUUCCAUGCUCAAAGAACGAAACCUUCAAGCUUAAGGUUGAUUAUGGCAAAACGUAUCUUCUGAGAAUUGUGAAUGCGGCAAUUCAGGACACAGUCUUCUUUGCCAUUGCCAAACAUCAACUCACAGUGGUAGGAACAGAUGGUAGCUAUGUAAAGCCAUUGAAGGUAGAUUACAUCUCAAUAUCACCUGGACAAACAAUGGAUGUGAUACUCGAAGCAAACCAAAAAUUAGAUCGUUAUUACAUGGCUGCUAGAGUUUAUACAAGCGCUUUUGGGGCUGUUAUUGGGGUUGCAAUUGAUACCACCACUACCACUGCUAUUGUACAAUACAGGGGAAAGUACAUUCCAUCUUCAACUAUCCCUUCCUUGCCUUUACUUCCAGGUAUCAAUGACACCAAUGCCUCAGUUAACCUCUUAAGCAAACUAAGAAGUUUGGCUAAUAAUGAACACCCAAUUGAUGUGCCAUUAAACAUAAGCACCAACCUAUUCUUCACAACCUCGAUGAAUUCAGUACCAUGUGCAAAUGGUUCGACAUGUCAUGGUCCCCUUGGAAAUCGUCUAGCAGCUAGCAUGAACAAUGUAAGCUUUGAAUUGCCAUCGAGGAAUAGCAUUUUGCAAGCUUACUAUAACAAUAUUAGUGGUGUCUUUGGGGAAAAAUUCCCUAAUGUGCCACCAUUGAUAUUUAAUUAUACUGGUAACAAUCUUUCUACAAUUUUAUGGACUCCAUCAGUGGCAACAGAGGUAAAUGUAUUGGAGUAUAACUCAACAGUGGAGCUUGUUCUUCAGGGGACUAGCUUGUUGAGAGGUACAGAACAUCCUAUGCACCUACAUGGCCACAGUUUCUAUGUGGUUGGAUGGGGAUUUGGGAACUUUGACAAGGUUAAAGACCCUUUGAGAUAUAAUCUUGUAGACCCUCCUUAUCAGAAUACUGUAGCUAUACCAAGAAGUGGUUGGACAGCCAUAAGAUUCAGGGCCAAAAAUCCAGGUGUAUGGUUCAUGCAUUGUCAUUUAGAGCGUCAUGCCACAUGGGGUAUGGCCACGACUUUCAUUGUCAAAAAUGGUAAUUGCCCUGAAGAGCAGAUGCUGCCACCACCACCAGACAUGCCACCAUGUUAA